AUGUUUAAUAUCGAGUUGCGUAGACACCAAGAAUAUGAUCGAUAUGAUAAAAUCAUUGAUGGCAAGAAUUUCAAAUACAUUACCACAAUAAACAAACAUCCAAUUAACGAUAAUGAACUAGAUACCGUUGUAAAAAUAGAAUCUACUGAAUGUUGUUCAGGUAUAAAUGGUAGUGAUGACAUGAUUGAUUGA